AAAAAACAAUAAACGGACGAAUACCAAACAAAAACUGCACUUUUUAUUUUUCAUUUAUUUAAUGUUAAACUUUUAUAUUAACAAUCAAAACCGCUUUUAUUAAACUCACAAAAUGUCCUCAAAAAAUACACCAGCAAAUUUAAGGCUGCACAAAAUACUUCAAGGUAGUACACCGAAGAGUAAUUCUACACCGAAUUCUGUUCAGAAGAAAUUGGCGCGACCACUUUUUACGAGUAAAUUGACUGAUAGCCUAUCUAGUGAUUGUAAUUCGGGAGCUAAUACACCAUUCUUGCCAUCGUCUGCUGCCAAAACUCCUGGUUCAAGUCAAAAGUUCAAGCCAAAGACAUGUACAACUCUAAAUGCAUGCUACACCCCUUCCUCUCUAUUUAGAUCGACAAAGAGUACUCCUCGUAGUGCCCUGGUGACGCCUCGAAGUACUGUCAAGCAUAUCUCAACAAGCACCCCGGAAUGCUCCUCAAAAAUAUCAAAUUCCUCCCGAAGAUCAGAAGCCUCGACUAUGGAAGAUUCGGGAAUAAUGUCCAAGUCCAUGAAAGACGUCGAAAUAAGUAAUCUUACAGUGGCUGUCCGGGUAAGACCAUUAAAUGCACAAGAGUGCACAAAUCCCGGAGUCACGAAUAUUGUAAAAGUAGUUGACAACGAAGUCACCGUGUACACUGGGACGACUGCAGAUAACUCGGCAGGAGUGAGUCAUUGCUUCCAGUACGACCAGGCAUUCUAUUCCUGCAAUAUGGAGAGCAGCAACUAUGCUAAUCAAGAAACCGUUUUCAACGGCACGGGUAUGGGACUUAUAGAUAGAGCAUUCGAAGGCUAUAACACAUGUCUAUUUGCCUAUGGACAAACCGGUUCUGGGAAGAGCUACAGCAUGAUGGGCAUAGAAGUUGAUGACAGCGACGACAUAGCAACCAAUACUGAGGCCGGUAUCAUACCCAGAUUCUGUCACGAGUUGUUCCGUCGCAUCGAAUCGUCUAAAGACAAACUUGAAGCCGAGAUCGAAGUAAGCUACUUCGAGAUCUACAAUGAAAAAAUCCAUGAUCUGCUGUGUGUUUCUGAUCAUAGCGAAUCCCAUAGUAGCACUCACAGAAACGCUCUCAAAGUGCGUGAGCACCCAGUUUGCGGCCCCUACGUUGUCGAUCUUAGCAUUCACCCAGUGGAGUCUUACUCCGCCCUUCGAAAUUGGCUGGCUGUGGGAAAUAGUCAACGUGCUACCGCAGCAACAGGAAUGAAUGAUAAGAGCUCUAGAUCCCAUUCUAUAUUCAAUAUUGUUUUGAAUUUAUCAGAGGUCGAUGCAAAUGGUACUGACGCCGAGGGAAAGGUCAAACAGACUCGUCGAAGCAAGAUAAGUUUAGUGGACUUGGCUGGCAGCGAACGCAUCACACACACUGCAGGUUCAAAUGGUGAUCGAGUGCGAGAAGGAGUUAGUAUCAACAAGAGUUUGUUGACCCUUGGAAAAGUGAUUUCUAAACUGGCAGAGUCUAAGAAACAAUCAAACUUUGUGCCAUAUCGGGAAAGCGUGCUGACUUGGCUGUUGAGGGAGAGCCUCGGAGGAAAUUCCAAGACUUUGAUGUUAGCAACUAUAUCACCUGCCAGUAUACAUAUUGAUGAAACUCUUGCCACAUUACGUUAUGCUUGCCAAGCACGUACAAUAAUCAAUCGGGUUAAAGUAAAUGAAGAUCCACAGGAUAAAAUUAUCCGAGAACUGCGUGCCGAAGUUGAAAGGCUUCAAGCUCUGCGGCAAGAUUAUGAACGUCAAAAGCGUCAUUCGGCAUCGAACAUGGCUCCAACUCGAAAAAUAAUUAUUGAAACUUCCGUGGAUGAGAGUGAAGUAGAAGCCCUGCGACAACAAUUGGCCGAAACAGAAAAACAACUUAAUCGGGCCCAGAAAUCCUGGAUGGAACGUUUGAAGGAAGCUGAAGAUCAAAGAAAAUCCGAACUAAGAUUGUUAAAAAGAAAGGGUUUAGCUAUGGAGCUAUCUACAGAACAAAAACAAGCCUGUUUAGUUAAUUUGACUGCAGAUCCAAUAUUAUCGGGCACCUUAUUCUAUAUCUUGCCACCUGGGACUGUUAAAAUUGGUCGAACUAGAACAUCAAUAUAUUGCAGUCAACCAGACAUAGUACUAGAUGGACCGCUUGUUGGCUAUCAUCAUUGCACGAUCGACAAUAAAAGUGGAAAACUUUACAUAACUCCUGACAAUGAGGAGUUUGAAACAUACUUGAAUGGAGAAUUAGUCACCGCAUCGAUGCAAAUGUUUCACGGGGAUCGGUUGGUCAUUGGUGGAUCUCAUUACUUUCGAAUAUCCAAUCCCUUCUGUUCGAAGCGAAGGAGUAAGAGUUUGGUAGUCGACUUCCAAUUGGCACAUCAAGAAAUUUUACAUAAGCAAGAACAACAGCUACGACGUGAAUUGGAUGAAGAAAAACGUGUUGCCUUAUCACAAAUUGAAAUGGAACGAGCUGCUAACGAACGCAACUACAAAGAACGUAUGGAAAUGUUAGAACUUGAACAAUUCAAAUUCAAAUGUAACAAAGAAUUACUUGAGACUGAGAAAAAAGCUUUAAAAGAAGAAACCGAAGAUCAAUUUGUUUACACACCAUCGUAUAAGUCAACUUUGCUCGAUGACAUUAAUCGAAUUAUGCAGCAUCCCAGUGAGGAAAGUCUUCACAAAACACAGCUUAUGGUCAAAGAAGCUACCCAACGGUGCCGACAACUAGGUCUCCAGCUGGAUUUUAAACAAUCGCAGAUACUUGAUGAAUUUGGAUUUUUCCAUGCAGUUGUUCUUAUCAUAGAUCGGGAGAAAAAACAAAAGGCUGAAUGGCCCACAGCACGUCUGGAUGUUUGGCUUAACAUGCUGCGAGACAAUGAAGUCGAUAGAAAAGAUGUCUUUCGAUGCAUGGACAUUGAUUGGAAACCCUUAGCAGAAGAUCUGGACAACACUCUGAGUGAUUCUUUAAACUCAAGUCGUAUAUCUCUUAACUUGAGUCUUGUUAAAGAAGUUAUGUUAAAGCAACCUUAUCAAAAGUUUCCGAAUAUAUUUUCCUCGAACAGUAGUAACAAAAAAGAGACCUUAGGUAAAUCUGCUGUUAUGAAUUGUUCCUUGCGUAACACAAAGAAGAUGCUCACAUAUGAUGAACAAGAUGUCGGUAGUGCUGUUGAUGAGAGCAAAUUAACUCCACAAGCUCCUGAAUUGGAUUUUAGCUCAUCCGUCAAUGUUCAAGUUCGAGAUAUUCAUCGAUCACUUAUGAAAAUAAAGAAACUGUGUGAUUCAUUUGAGUCAGAUGAAAAUAAUUCCAAAAAUAUAUCUAAAGUGACGACUGUUGAUCAAGUUCGUAAAUCAGUGGAAAAACUCGAUGGUGUUUUGCAAGGAUUACGAAUAACGCUUAACGAGGGUUUGCACAAUGAGACAUCGCCAACAAAGACUCCUAAGUCUGUGCGAUUUUUAAUCGAAUGAAUAAUGAACUGAUACUUAAUUUUACUUUAUGUAAGAAUAUACAUAAGGGAGCAUUUUAUUCUUAAUGCCAAUGUUUCCUAACUAAAUAAAUGUUUAGUUUUUUUUUAUUUUAUUAUUAUUUUAUUUUUAUGCUAGUUUUGUAAUGUUUAGUUAUUAAUAUAUGCAAUUUUAUUGGAAUGUUAUACAAACAUUGUCUUUA